AUGAACCCAAUAGAGGAAAUAGAGAGAGCAGUUAAGAUUCCGAGUCCUACAAUCGCCGUCCUCGGUACUGCUUUGGUGGUUCAAUACGCAAUUCACCGACUUCCUCAUCGAAUCUAUCAUCGCAUCUUCAUCGACCAUAACCACAACCGCAAUCACUUUGUUACUAGCAUCCUUUUUCUAGAUGUCACUGCUGCUCCACGCCGCUCAACAUAA